GUCAGAUCUGGGUUACUACACACCGAACUCCGGUCAAAUCCGUCCAUCUGCCCUUCCCUCCCCGUUCCGUCCUCCUCCACCCUACGUCAGUCGCCACGUCAUCUCCCCCCCGUGUAUUUAUAGAACCUCGCGUUCUAUUGCCCCCGUCUUCUCCCGUGCUUGUUUGCUUUCCGAAAGGUCUUCCAUUUCUCUUGCUCUCUCUCUCUCUCGUGAAAGGGAGGGGGGGAAUCUUUCCAAGAGGUUUUUCGCGGUGCUUUUGAGGGGUGGGAGGAGGACUCCGGCGAUGACGACGGCGGUGGCAGGGGCCGCGGCGGCGGCGGGAGCGGUGCCGGAGGUGUUUGCUCGGGACGCGAUCUUAGCGUGGUUCCGGGGGGAAUUCGCGGCGGCGAACGCGAUCAUCGACGCUUUGUGCGGGCACCUGGCGGAGAUCGAUGGGGGAGCAGAGUACGAGGCGCUGUUCGCCGCCAUCCACCGACGGAGGCUGAACUGGAUCCCCGUGCUCCACAUGCAGAAGUACUUCUCCAUUGCCGACGUCGCCGGCGAGCUCCACCGCGUCGCCGCCCGUCGCCGCGCAGCCGCAGAGGAGGAGGCGGAGAUCAAGAAAGCUAAGGAGGAGGAGGCGGAGGCCCUGGCGAUGGAGGAGAAGCGCGGCAAAGAUUCUCCGAAGGAGGAAGAGGUGGAGGAGAUGGAGGAGCAGAGAUCGACAUAUGACGUCGGCGUCAGGGACGGAGAUUCCACUGGAGAUUCCUCAGAUCGGAAGGUCUCCGAAGAAGGCGGAGGCGAUGGUGGAUCUCACGGGGAAGAAACUUCUGUGGAGCAUGUCCAGAUAUGCGCUGAUCAUGAGGACUUUGUGUCGCGCCCGGACCGGAUCAAGAUCUUGAAAGGUUUUGUAGCCAAGGAGGCAGUAAAAGGGCAUAUGGUUAAUGUCGUGAAAGGUCUGAAGCUGUAUGAGGACAUCUUCACAGAUUCGGAGCUUCUGAAGCUUGCUGAAUUUAUAAAUGAACUCCGUCUUGCAGGUAGAAGGGGAGAACUCUCAGGUGAAACAUUCAUUUUCUUCAACAAACAGAUGAAAGGGAACAAGAGAGAGAUCCUUCAGCUUGGUGUUCCAUUGUUUCAACCAACUAAUGAGGCGGCAUCAAGCAAUAUAGAACCAAUUCCCCCAGUCUUGCAGACUGUCAUAGAUCACCUAGUUCAAUGGCGUUUAAUACCAGAAAGCAGAAAACCAAACAGUUGCAUCGUCAAUUUCUUUGAUGAGGGUGAAUAUUCACAGCCAUAUUUCAAACCUCCACAUUUGGACAACCCAAUCUCCACACUUCUCCUUUCUGAGACAACAAUGGCUUUCGGACGGAUGCUUGUCAGUGACAACAAUGGAAACUACAAGGGCUCCCUCACGCUUCCACUGAAGGAAGGGUCACUAUUAGUGAUGCGUGGGAACAGUGCAGACAUGGCCAGGCAUGUCAUUUGUGAAUCCCCAAACAGAAGGGUGAGCAUCACCUUUGUGAAGGUUCGACCUGCCGAUGGCCAAACCGAUUCUUCUACCAUGAGUUCGCCAACCAAAGCUAUGACCCUCUGGCAACCUGGAACCCCACCACCACAAAAGGUGCAAGGUGGUGGAGUCAUUGCCUAUGGGCCUCACAGUGUGAUUCCAGCCACCUGGGGGGUGGCUCUUCGUGCUCCUGUCGUCAUGCUGGCACCGCCCCGUCCCAUGGUGACGAGUUCUGGUAGGAAAGUGUCGCGCAGUGGCACUGGGGUAUUCCUACCCUGGACAGUGGGCCCCAAGAAAUACACCAAGCAUCUCCCACCUCGUAUUCAGAAGAGAAGGCUUCCCUCGUUGCCACCCCCACUAGAAGCACAAGUGUAGCCGAGGCCCCUAGUUUCUGAUGCCAGUGUCAUUCUGUGCGUCUAGCUGCAGAAGGAUAGUAUAUGGUUAUGAAACAAGUCUUUGGUUUGGAAUUGUCUUCAAAAUAGAGUGAUGAAGGUCUUGUCUCCCAGGGCAGAAGUAUUUUCCUUACAAGGUGAGCUUAGGUUAUUAUAACAAAAAAAAAAAUACAGGGAUCAACAGUUUCUGAGUGUCUUCGCUGGAGCUUCUUUGUCAUGGGAGUUUGUUAUGGUUGUCACCAAGUUAUGAAGGUGUUGUUGUUGCAACAGUUUUUUAGUGUAGCUAGUUUCUUUUAGAUGGAUGGUUGACCGCCAUGGUGGGUAGAGUUUAGGAAAGGUCAGCUGAGGGACUUGAAAUCCCUCCAGUGAAGGACAAAAUUUUGUAAUAUUUCUGUUUAGUUCUAUUCUGCAUAGAUGAAAUUUCUUGUCUCAUUUAUCUCA